GAGGUCACGGGUGGGCGGUGCGUGCGCGGCGCCUGUUCCGCUCCCGGGGCGCCGGAGCCCCCGCGGCGCCGAGUGAGGAGAGCCGGGGGGGUGAGCGAGAGGGUGAGGGUGAGGGGAGGCAGCGCCCGAGGGAGGGGAUGGCGGCGGCCGGGGGAGGGGCGCGCCGUGCCCGGGGGGAGGGAGCGGCGGCGGCGGCGGCGGCGCGGCGGGCUCUGCGCGGAUUGACAGCGCGACGCACCGCGGGGGAAUCCGGCCCGCGGCCUCGGUCUUACCGCUCGUAACUCGGGGUGGGAGAAUUGUGACACGCAGCGGUGACAUCUGUGCCAAAGGUGACUCCGCGGGGACGCCCGGCGCUGGCGGCGCUCGGCUCGGGUUUGUCUUCGAGCUGCCGGCGCUCCGCGGGCGGCGGCGGCGAGAUCCCGAAGUUGGCAGCACAAUAAAGCAGGCCCCAAAGAUCGGGCUCCAUCUCCAGGAACUGAAAGUGCCGAGCGGGAUUUCCGCGUGGCUCCAGGUUUUGCUGUCGGAGGCUGAGGAAUUAAGUGGGGCGCACACCGGGGUGUGCCUGCGGUAGUCAAGAUCACCUCAAGUCGUUUUUUGUCUAAGCAAGCAGGAAAAUGUUGGCUCGGGACUGCAAUUAACUGAAGCCCUGUGUUCAACGAUGGAAAGCCCACAAGCAAAUUUCCCUCUAGGGCUCGUUUCAGAGCAAAAGAGGAGUGGGAUGCAGGAGGAUGGGAGCCCCCCACUGAAAAAGCUGAUGACAGAAAUGCACGUAAAUAGCCCGGUACAGGUUGUAAUAAAUAAACUGCCAACAAUAAAGAAGGAAAACUUGGACGAAUAUGACGAAACUUCUGUGGAGGCUGACGGGGAGAGUGCCAAGCCAAACAGUUCUUCAGUCUCUGAGCCUUUGAAUUUAAAUCCAGGUCUGAAACACACGUUGGCACAAUUCCACUUGAGCAGCCAGAGCUCGCUGGGUGGACCAGCAGCUUUCUCAGCUCGCUAUUCCCAGGAAAGCAUGUCACCCACUGUCUUCUUGCCUCUUCCAUCACCACAAAUCCUGUCUGCUCCGCUGCUCAUUCCUCCCGACAGCUCCACAGAGCUCACUCAGACUGUACUGGAGGGGGAAUCCAUCUCUUGCUUUAAAGUUGGAGGAGAAAAAAGACUCUGCCUGCCUCAGGUGUUGAAUUCAGUUCUUCGAGACUUUUCUUUGCAACAGAUUAAUACAGUGUGUGACGAACUGUACAUAUACUGCUCCAGGUGCACUUCCGACCAGCUUCAUAUUCUGAAGGUUUUGGGAAUUCUUCCAUUUAAUGCUCCGUCCUGCGGGCUAAUUACACUGACUGAUGCUCAGAGACUAUGCAAUGCUUUACUACGUCCUCGCACUUUUCCUCAAAAUGGUGGCUUUCUCCCUGGUAAGAACACGUUGGCCCAACUGAAGGAGACUGGCAGUGCCUUUGAAGUAGAGCACGAAUGCCUGGGCAAGUGCCAGGGUUUGUUUGCACCUCAGUUCUACCUUGCGCCGGACGACCCCUGUAUACAGUGUCUGGAGUGCUACGGGAUGUUCUCACCCCAGACCUUCGUGAUGCAUUCACAUCGAUCCCCCGACAAGAGGACCUGCCACUGGGGGUUUGAGUCAGCCAAGUGGCACUGCUACCUUCAUAUUAACCAAAAAUACCUGGGAACGUCGGAGGAGCGGGAACUGAAGCAUCUCUUGGAGGAAAUGAAGGAGAAAUUUAGUGAGAAAAAUCAGAAAAGAACUCGAUCAAAAGUGGAUUCCCAGCAGAGCCUAGAAUUAUCACAGUGGUAUCCUGUUAUAAAGCAGGAAGCAGAAGCUGAUCCUCAGCCACCCUCCUUCUUCCAUCCCAGUUACUACCUUUAUAUGUGUGAUAAAGUGGUUGCCCCAAAUGUAUCUCUUGCAUCACAAUACAAGGAUGUUACAAAAACAACAGGCAAAGCUUCUGAAGUAAUUAAGUCUUCAUCUGGAAUGUCAGAGAAGAAGCUCAGUAGUGGAAAGCACAAAAAACCUGCCUCCUAUCCAGAGCUUUCUCUUGAGGAACAGGAGAAAAUUGACUUGAAAACUGGUCUGGAGCAGCAUAAGCGUUUAGACCCCCUUGUAUCAGCUCAUUCUGCAAGAGGUGGAAGAUCCGAACGUAUUUCUUCCAAAAGCAUUAGAGGCUCCAGAUGUGUUGAAGUAGGUAAUGAUGGGAGAACGUUGUCCCCCACUCUCAUGAAAGACAUCAGUUGUGAAGACGACAAGGGAAGGAUCAUGGAAGAAGUAAUGAAAACCUACAUCAAACAGCAAGAAAAACUAAAUACUAUUUUGCGGAGGAAGCAGCAGCUUCAAAUGGAAGUGGAAAUGUUAAACAACUCUAAAGCUAUGAAGGAACUAAGUGAAGAGCAGCAGAAUUUGCAAAAAGAACUUGAAUCUUUGCAAACUGAGCACGCUCAAAGAAUGGAAGAGUUUUAUUUUGAGCAGAGAGACUUGGAGAAGAAAUUGGACCAAAUGAUGAAGCAGAAGUGUACCUGUGACUCCAGUUCAGAGAAGGACAAGGAAGCAGAAUAUGCAGCACAGCUAGCAGAACUGAGACAGAGACUGGACCACGCAGAGGCAGAUAGGCAGGAGCUUCAAGAUGAACUGAGACAAGAACGAGAGGCAAGGGAAAAGUUAGAGAUGAUGAUAAAAGAAUUGAAGCUACAGAUCUUGAAAUCUUCAAAAAAUGGAAAUGGAAAAUAGAAAUUGGAAAACAAGCGUGACUGUGUCCUUCAAACAGGGUGUUUCAUUUUUUAAUGAAUUGUAAGCAGUUUCUGUGCGAUAAGAAGUAUUCUCUACAGAUUUCUAUUUGCCAUACAAAUGCAGAUGAAGAUAUACAUAUAUAUAAAAAAAUAGAUAGGUACGCAUUUUUAGAUUUUCCUAACCAAUGGAAGUCUGCAUUGAUUUGUACUGGUGUUUCUCAAACUAUGAAAACUUCUGAUUUAGAGUGACCAGUUUCUGUUUAUUUCUGAUGCAGCCCUUGAGGACCCUAUACCUUUUGACAUUGUCUGUUAAAACAGAUUUGGUGAUCUUUAUUUUAUUAUCAACUUCACAUCCGGUUAUAAAAGUACUUAAAAAAAAAAUCUUAAUUUCUUCAAGGCCAAAAGUAGUUCAGUUUUCAGUGAGAAUUUUGUGUUCCUGAAGUGGGGAAAGUAUAAAGGCAGCUGUAAGGUAACUCUCAAAAUCACCAUGACGAUAGAUGGAUGAUUAUCAGAAGUGAUUUACAAGCAUGAGUUUUCCCAUAAUUCUGUUACGUGAAGUCAAGCUGACCUUUUCGGUGUGUGCUAUUUGACAACUCAGUAAACAAUUUUAGAGCUGGUGUUCGGUCACCAUGCUGGAAGAACAAAACAUUAGGGGUUUUUUCUUGUUGUUGUUUUAAAUUAAGAAAAAAUUACAUUCAAAAAUGGAAUAUUCUAAAACUAAGAAUUCUCCGUUUCUGUUUUCUUCUAUAUAGCAAUUAAAGGAGACUGUUUACCAGGGCUGGUAGGUACAGGACAAGGGGCAGUGAUUUCAAAUUGAAAGAGAGUAGUAUUUAUUUUUUAGUUAAUGAUGAGGCCCUGGAGCAGGUUGCCCAAUGAAGUGGUGAGUACCUCAUAAUUGCAAGUGUUCAGAGUGAGGUUGGAUGGUGCUUUGUGCAACCUGAUCUGGUCCCUGCCCAUGGCACGGAGGUUGCAGAUAGAUGAUCUUCGACCAUCCCUUCCAGCACAGACUUGUAGGAUUCUAUGGCUUGCCUGGUUUUCAGAUACUAAUGCUUCCAAGAUAAGUAAUAUUUAUUAAAAGAAAACAAAGAAAAAAAAUACUGGUUUACUUAGUAUCUGAAGCCUCUACACUUUAGGCUUCCUGUUAACUUGUGAAUUUUUCUUUCUAUACAUAGAACAGGCCUUAACUGACAUUGUGAUAAUUGCUUAGAAAAAUAGAAUUCUAAGAUAUGGCACUUUGAAAAUCAGUUUGAUCGUUUCUACUUUUGAACGGCAUGGUAAUGUUACCAUGAAUUAAGAAAUAUAGCAUGUUUGUUGAGCUCUGACAUUUAGAAAUGUGUCGUUGUACAGAAUUUCCACUUUAUGUAUAUAUAUUGCAUUUACUCAAGUACUUCAGAAGUCUGAUUCCUGGUAGAUUCGGUGCAUGACUACAGAUUUGGAUGGAGAAGUACUGCUUUGCACUUCUUUCCAAAAAGUUUGACAGAGCUGACAGAUGUUGGCUGAUUGUGACUAGAAUUAUCUUAGUAGUUCUGUUAUUCCACUACAUUAUUUUAACCUGUGCUCUAGCUUAUGUUUGUUGUUUGUUUCUUUUGGGUACUUAGAUUCAUUACUCUCUUAAAGAAGUUGAUUAAUUCUGGAUAAAACCACUAGUAAAAUCCACUGGCAUCAGUUUUUAUUCUGAACUAGUAAAAAUGAAAACUGAGUUCUUUCUUGUCUCUCUUUUACAGAAAUAGAAAAUGGCACAAAUCUUUAAGCUGAGUGAGAAAGGAGGUGAUACAUGUUGUGGAGUCAUAGAAUGAUUCUUUCAUAGCAGUGCAUAAUUUCCUUUAUGGACCCUGUGUCAUAUUUACACCGAUUAGGGCAGAUUAGAUGAAAAAAAAAUGAAACUUAUUUGGCAAUGUUGAUCAGAAAAGAGGAUCCAGAUUAUGUUUUUCACUUCUUCAACUCCAUCUCCAAAUUAUUGCUUAAAAACAAAACAAACAAACAAAUAAAUAAAUAAGAAGUCUGUCUUUACAGCAUAAGGGUGGUUUGGAAGGAAGUGAAUGUGCUGAGUAUAAAUUAUUCUGCUUGUGUAUGUACAGAUUGCUGUAUUUUAAUGACCACCAGCAAUGCGGCGAUAGGGAGAGCAGGCAGCAGUGUUGGUAGAAGUGUGAUGUGAGGUGCUGGAGCUCAAGGCUGGAUUGGCUAGAUUGACGAGUCAGGAAAUGCCAUCCUGGGAAACCAGAAGGUUUCUUCGGGGUGUUAUCUGAUCGUUUCUAGCUGUUUUUCAGUAUCAGUGUUGUGAACCAAACUUUUUCAGUUGUCGGUGUAGAUAAGGCCCUCCAGAUUCAUUUAAUAUGGCUGAAGUAAUGGGUUCACUGCAGUGUUUGUAGCUUAGCUGUCAAACAAAUGGAAUCCUCAUGGGAUUAUGAUCUUAGAGUACUGUAUAUUCCGUUUUUAUUCAGGUUCUGCCUAUGUAACUUUCCUUGCUCUGAGAUUUCCCACUUCACUUCUGGUUGACUUCAACCUGUGGCAGCUGCAGUGCAGUACUUCUAUCGCUGGGCUUCCCCUGCCCCAGCCUGCACAUCCACCGUGCCAACCGGCCUCUGCUGGCAGCCAUAGUUUGUACUCCUGUUUUCACUUCUGCAAGAACUGCAACAGCUGGCAGAGAGUUUUAGCAGCUCCAGCUGCGGGUGAGGCUUCCUAAUACAUGUAAGACAUCUGGCUGAAAAAGUUAACUGAACAUCUGUUAAAAUGACCUUAAAAUAGCUUUGUAAAUACUCCAUUUAUUGAAUCUAAAGUUAGAAUGCGUUUUAAAUUAUUGUAAUCCUCUUAGAAUUCUUAAAUAUUACUUUCAGGUUACUUACACAAAUAAUUUUCAUAUGUGUAGACUUAAUUUUAUACUGAUUUUAAGUAAUAAUGUAAACAUAACUGUGCCAUAGAUUUUGUGUGUUCAGUCUUUGAGUGAGUUGUAAAUAACACGCUGGUAGCUCUAGAACAAAUCUACAUUGACCUUUUCUCACUACCUUAUGCUUGUUAUAUUGAGUGGCUUAUUUUACAACCUAACAUAGAAACCUGCAAUGAACACUUAAGGGCCCUCACUUAAGUACACACUUAAUGGUAGAAACCAGUUCUGUCAUUGGGUUCUUACUUGGAGCCAUGGCAUGCUCGUUUGAUGCAUUACUCUUUGUUUUGCCUUCAGCUUUCGUUUGCUGAUCUUUGAGGCAGAAAGUUGCUUUCUCACACAGUUGUGGCUUUAAGUCUUUAGAGGAGAAAAAAAAAAAAGCCUAGAAUUGUUCACUGUUUCAAUAGUUUCCUGGUUGAGCACCUGGAGUGAAAACGAAGUUGGCUGUGUGUGCACCUUUUGGAACUGGGAUCCAGGGUGAAUAUCUGUUUGCUUCUAUAAGUUGGAAAAACAAAAAGGAACUUCCACGUGCUUUGUGUGCUCUGAUGAGCAAGAAGAUGUAAGAACUCCGAGAGUACAACGUGCAGCUUUGGCAGUCUGACAGUACCCUGGAUGGAAGAGAUGUUAUCUCAGAUCUCCAAACUUGUGGUUUAGUUUUUGUAAAGCAUAUCGUUUAGCUCGGGAAUUCAGAUAAAUGUGGGUUCUGUUUCACAUUCUUCCACUAAUUUUAUUCUGUAUUUAAGAUAUUAAUAGCUUAGGUGUAAAAUCAUUUGUAUAUAGUGAAGGCAUAAUGCAAUUAGUGAAGUAGGAAGAGUUGAGUGGGAGCGUGGAGCUUCUGGUGGCCCGAAGAAAUGUGGCUCGGUCCAUGUUUUAGGAGCCACAGCUGUUUGUUCAUACAUUCUUGGUUUAUCCUGGGGGGUUGGAUAGCUGUACCAUGCUAUGGACUAUUCAGAAGACUUUCCUAGCGUUAGCUGUGGAGCUGGCCUUGACGUGCUGUCACAGUCAGCUUCUUUGAGUUCACUUGUUUGUAGAGCAUAUAUUUUGACUGUCAGCAAAGAUAACGACUUUGUAUUUUUUUUUUCUGCACUUAAUUCAUGUAAUUAAUCCACACAACAGUUUUCUAUAAUACGGUGAAGUUGACAGAAGAGAUGAUCCCACCUACCUGUGAUUCUGUGCUUGAAAUCUACCAGCAGUUUGAUUUCAGCUGUCAACAGCAAGCUGCAGUAAGCUGCAAGGUUCCGUUUUUGUUUUGCUCAUUUCCGAUGCGAGAAGUACUCAUCAGUGUUCUCAUUAGAGAAAGCUUAUAGGAUGUUCAGUGUGUUGCGUAUCUAUUCCAAAAAGAGAUCGGUAUUUUUGGCUUCUGUGAGCGGCUGCAGCUCACAAACGGCAUGAGAGCUCAUUGUGUGUCUCCACUGUUGAGAAAACCAGUUUUGUUCAGCCUUAGUGGUUCUGUUGGGAAAUGCUUGGAAAAUGAGUGAAGCACUUGGUCAAGCACAGCAAACAAACGGUAUGGAAGUUUUGUUAUUGGAAAACUGCCUCCGUAACAAUACAAAUUGACUCUCUAAGGUUUUCUUCAAAUACAGAUACCUCACUUAAAGGAAAGCACAGUCACUCUGUAUUUCAAAUAGAUCUCGGACACGCAGAGCCGCUCCGCGAUAUUUUGUUGCGGUUACGUUGUGAUUGGUAGAAUCUCUUUUUGUUUUCAUGCUCACUCUCAAAAGUGUGUAUUGGUGUUGACGUGCCAGUAUGACCGUCUUGAAUUACAGAAGGUGGCUGCAAAGCGACACAGCGCUGUGCUGGGCUGAAGGCAGCAGUCGGUGGCUAUUCCAAAGCACAGCAAACCUGUGAGAUCCAUCGCCGCCUUCAGCACUCUGUAAUACUUUGCCAAUGAUGUACAGUCUUAUUUGUUAGCGUUGCUGUGGUUGCAUUACAUGACACACAAAACUGUCCUCUACCUCACGUGAGAUUUAACAGAUAUUUUAUAUGGUUUUAGUAAACAAAAUGCAUCUAUCUGGUCACUUAGUUUACAAAUUUUGAAUUAUAUUUAUUGAAACAUGACAUACUGUGCUCUUAGCUUAUACCUCAAUUGUAUUUUGUGCUGUUAUCCAUUUUCAUGCCUUGUAAAUACGUGUACAGAUUGUGGAUUCAGAAAUAAAACCUGUACCAUCGGAA